AUGGCCUUGAUCCGCGUUCUCACAGAGCUUCUCAAGUCGCGCCUGUCGCGCUGCCUGCGCGAGGCCUCCGUCAUCCACUGUGACCUGCAGCCUGAGAACAGCAAAGCGGAAGCCUUGUCGUCGUGUCCUUCGGAGCAGAGCCAUCGCCACUGCUUCAGUCGGUUUGCAGCAAAAAUGGCAUGCGCUUCCUACGAUCCAAAGGAGCCAGACACGAAUUCGGAGCCUACAGGUGAGGCGCUCAGCGCAGGCGAGGUGAUUGAAGCCGUAGAGGCACUGAGCCCAGCAGACGAUAGUACAGGCACUGAUGAACUGCAAGCUACCUCAAAGUGGCCGGUGGCUGGCAAAACAGCUCGGGAUUGA